GGUGACCAAGAUGACAGAUCUUCCAAGCAGUACAGGACGUCAAGUCCUAGCUCUGCUGGCUCGCUGGGCUAUGGCCGCUACACUCCAACCUCCCAUUCUCCUCAGCAUUACAGCAGACCAGCUGGUACUCAGAGUCUUGGUACCAGUAGCUGCAUCUCCCUGCCCCAACACCCAAGCCCUACAUCUACAUUCAGACAUCAUUACAUCCCUUUCUUCAAAGGCAGUGAAAGUGGUCGGAGCACUCCAAGCUUAUCCAUGUACUCAGACAGCAAAUCUUCACCUUCUGUCUAUCAGCAGGCUCCUAGGCAUUUCCAUAUUCCAGACACUGGCGUAAAAGAUAACAUCUAUAGGAAACCUCCUAUCUACAAACAGCAUGCAGCAAGAAGAUCAGAAGGGGAGGACGGGAGCUUGGAUCAGGACAGUAAGAAGCUAAAGACCAGUUGGCUUAUCCUGAAAGGGGACAUGGACACCAGAACUAAUUCCCCGGAUUCGGACACACGGUCCCUGUCUCUUACUGCCGGAACCGACAGAGAAAACUUCCCGAGGGCGCAGGAGGGCACGACUGCCGGCUACUCCCGAUUUCCAUAUUCUAAAUCUGCUUCUCUGCCUGGUUAUGGGAAGAACGGCUUGCAUCAGAGGCCUGAAAAUAUGGGCCAAUACGAAACGGACCAGGAGUCAAGCUGGGGGAUGAAAGAAUACAAGAUUUAUCCUUACGAAACACUUAUUGUAACAAACCGAGUGCGUGUGAAAUUGCCUAAGGAUGUGGACAGGACCAGGCUGGAGAGGCAUUUGUCCCCCGACGAGUUCCAGGAAGUCUUCAAAAUGAGCAUUGAGGAGUUUGAUCGUCUGGCACUUUGGAAGCGGAAUGACCUGAAGAAAAAGGCCCUGCUUUUCUAGCCCCUCCUGGAUAAAACAUGUGCUUAAUCAAAACAAAAAUAGUCUUGCCAGAAGUACCACAUGCACUUGCUGUUGAACCAUUGUCCAGCUUCAUUGUGUUAGUAUGUGUCGGGGGAAACAGGACAGAUUAGAUGGCAACGCGUUGGAAUACAGAGGAUUUGCUAAUCUUGCAUGACCAGCUGGUUUUGUCAGUAACUCCUGGUCCUACCCAGUUUACAACAUGCAAAAAAUCUAGCUUUAAAUUUAUUGUUGCUUGCAGUAUUGCUUGAUGCAAGUGGAAGUUGUGGAAGGAAGAGAAAAAGUGUCACUGUGACAAAGGAAAUGCAUCCAACAUAUUGUUCCAUUAAGUUUUACAACAAAUUUUUGACAAAAUAAGUAACGAAUAUAAAAAUUCUCCAGCGGGGGAUCACAUGCUAUUAAAAAUAUGGUAAAAGCCAAAGAAAAGCAUGUUCGCAAGCAAUUAUUGCAAUUGUUUAUUUGUGGUACUUUUUAAGAAUGAAAGCAAAAAUAUGGAAGCACCUUAAUUCUACUUCUUACACUUUAGACACAGCCUACUCUCUAAAAGGUCAUAUUUGUCUAGAGGUAACUAGCUAUCUUUAAUUACAACACAAGAGUUUUUAUUUUAUUAAGAAUAUAUUAUGACAUAAAACAGUUGUAAUGACUAAAAUGUAUACAGACCUACUUAAAAAUUUAGUCCCAUUCAUCAGGAAAACUGAAGCCU